CAAACUCCACCGCAGCCUCACAGACACAGGUUCACCUUCGUUUAGAAUCCAUUGUUCCCUUGCCGCUCCUCCACUACCGCCUCCGUUCACGGUGGUCGGAACCAUAAGCCAUGGCGGACGUAGUGCAAUACAAGCUGGAGCGCAUGCUCCCCGAGCUCGACGACCUCGAGCAGCGCGAGCUCUUCAGCCACCCCGAGAUAGCGGAGAUCGUGAAGCAGCGGCGUAAAUUCGAGUACAGACUGAAGCGUCCGUGUCCUCUGAAGCAAGACUACUUGGCCUACGUCGAGUACGAGUCUCACCUCGACGCCCUCCUCCGGCUCCGCAAGAAAGCGGCGGCGCGUGAGUUGAAGAAGCAAGGCAAUAAGAACCUGAAGAAAUCGAAAUCCGAUUUUGCUGGCUUGCGUAGGAUCACGGGGAUUUAUGAACUCGCUUUGAAGCGUUACAAGGGUGAUAUUGAUCUCUGGUUUCGUUACCUUGAGUUCUGCAGACAGAAGAAAAAUGGCAGAAUGAAGAAGGCAUUGGCAAAAGUUAUUAGGUUUCACCCUAAGGUUCCUGGGGUUUGGAUUUAUGCUGCAGCUUGGGAAUUUGAUAAUAACUUGAAUGUUGCGGCUGCUCGUGCGUUAAUGCAGGAAGGUCUUAGAGUUUGCCCCACUUCGGAAGACCUUUGGGUGGAGUAUCUUCGGAUGGAACUUACGUACAUUAACAAGUUGAAGGCGCGGAAGGUUGCUUUAGGUGAGGAUGAUGGAACUCUGGCCCGUGAUCCUAGAAGGGCUGAUGAAGAACAAUGGAGGGAUGAAAACAAAGAGUUGUUCAUGUCCCUUGAAGAUAAGGAGAAGAAUGAUGGACCGGUUGUUGAAAGUGAUGAAUCAAAUAAGAAUAUUGAAUUAUUUGAGGAGCAUGGUAUGAACAUUUUUCGAACUGUCUAUGCUGGAUCAGUUGAAGCUAUGCCUUCAAGUCUCAGUCUUAGGAAGCGGUUCUUUGAAAUAUUGGAGGGGACCAACUUGUCACAUUACGAAGACAUGUGCGAGGAGAUACUGAAUGGCAUGAAGAGGGAUUUUUCCACAGAACCUGAGUUCUGGGACUGGCUUGCGAGACAUAACUGUGAUCUCGAAAAUGUGCAGGAGAUUAGUGAAGAAAACUUAAUUCCUCAGGUGCAAAAGGCAAUUCAGGUUUAUGAGGAGGCUUUGUUAAGUGUCCCUUCAGGAACUAUGUUUGGUUUGUAUGCAAAUUUUCUAAUGGAAAUUAUAGCUCCUAAAGAAGGGGAAACCAAUAUAACUGAGUCAUCAAGUCAUGGUGUAAACUAUAUAUCACAUCUCUUGUCAUUAUGUGAAAGAGCUGAAAGCAUGGGGUGCAUUACCGAGGAUCUUGCUUUCACUUUUGUGACCUUACAUUUGCAAAUAGGACAAUUGGAUGAGGCUAGGAAACUGGCAGAGCGGCUUUGCAAUGGAAAACAUGCAAAGUCUGUACAGUUGUGGGGAUUAAGGGUUACUAUAGAAAUUAGAUGCAUCACAAGAAGUUCUUCACCUAGUGAUGCUGAUUUGCUAUCCCUUUUUGAACUCCUUAGACAAAUUUUGACCAAAGUUCCUGUUUCAGAGUCAGAGGACUUGUGGCUACAGGCCCUUAAAUUCUAUGCAAAUCAAAGACAGUAUUUUGAUAAACUUGUGGAGAUUUCUGUUGCUUCUUUGGCUGGAGGUUCUGGCAGUGAAAAUGGAUUCUCUCUUUCUUCUGCCAUCAUCAAUUUUAUACUUCAGAAAGAUGGAAUUCAGCAGGCCAGAUAUAUCUAUAAACGAUUUCUUGCUUUACCACAUCCCGGCCUAGCAUUAUACAGAAAAUGCAUUGACCUGGAAACAAACCUUGCAUCAAUUGGAGAUAAAAAUGGUCUCAUAAAUGCCAGGAAGUUAUAUGAAUCUGCACUUGCAACUUAUGAACAAAAUGUCAGCUUGUGGCAAGAGUACUAUCGCAUGGAGACUAAGAUGGGAACGUCAGAAAAGGCUACUGCUGUCUAUUGGCGUGCAACAAAAAUACUCAAAGAUGCUAGUGAAUUUAUUGGUGCCUCAGAUUUGUGAUGGUUUCGGAAUUUAUCAAGGCUAUUUGAGUUCAAUUUUGACUACUUUUCUUUUACUAGUCUAGUUUUGAUAUUUGUUUUUCCUUCUUGAGAAGGUGAGAGUGGAGCUUCCUCCAUCACUUCAUAAAGCUGGAGGUUGCACCCGUUUAUCUGUAUGUCAACUAUUGCUAAUGAGAAAGAUGUUGAAUGUACCAUAUAAUAUACUCUUAUACACAAAUGGAGCCAAGGCCCUAUUUAUUUAUUUUUGUAA